UCGGAAUCGCGCGAUGCUCAUUAGAGAUUGGAUGCGUGUAUAAAUAACCCACCGACCUCUCUGCCUCUCUGACGAACUGCAUUCAUAGAUCGGCGCCGGAAUUCGAUCGGAAUUACAAAGAUGCAGGAGAAUGGGCAACAUCAACUUAUCGACAUGUCACCGCCGGCCCUCACAGAGAUUGCUAACAAUACCCGAGGAAGGCGAGCUUCGAAUAACCGGAACGCAAACAGCAGAAGAGCACUUCUGAAGUGGCGGGGACUGGAUAUGGCCAUAGAGAGGGCUCGCCGUAACAGAUCCUCCUCCAAGAGUCUUAAGGAAAUAAAUGUAAAUCUGAACCGAUUCCAGGCGGAAAUGGCAGAAAGGAAGCCUCAACGAGGGUCAUCGGAGAAAAGAUUAGCGGCUUUACAACACCUGGAACGGGACGUGGCAGACCUGAGAGGACGAAUGCGUUGGGAGGCAGAGCAUCAAAAAAAGAUGUUAAAGGCGUUGGAGGAAGAGAAAAAGGACAUUGCUCGGAAGAGGGGCUUAAUCCUCUUCUGGUCGCGUUGCACUUGGUCUGUCUUGUUAUCACUCAUCUUGUUAUCAGUCGUCUUGUUAUCAACGAGUUAUAUUUAUCCCAAUUAAUUAUAACUAUUGUUUCCUGAAUAAAUCCAUGCUCAAGCAUUCAAUUUGGAAGGUUAAGCAAAUUGGUUUGGUAA